AUGCUUGGUAGUUUAACCGCUGGGCUAAUGCAAGCUUCUAUUCAUCAAUCUUUGGAUGGUAAAGGUGGCAGGGCAGGUUGGAGAUGGAUGUUCAUCAUUGAUGGAUGUGCCACUGCUUCAAUUGCAUUUUUUGCUCUUUAUAUGGUUCCAGGUACACCUUAUAAAUGUUGCUCUUUAUUUUUAACUGAUGAUGAAAUCAGAUUAGCUCGUCUUAGAUUGAAAAAGGCAAAUAUUAAACCACCAACAAAGGAACCACCACCAUUUUUUGAAAAGAAAAUUUGGCUUAAUGUUUUGAAAAGUUGGAGAAUUUAUGUUUUAGGGAUCUUAGAUUAUCUUUUUUGGAAUACAAAUAAUCAUGGAUUUUCAAAUUUUGCUUUGUGGUUAAAAUCAUUAAAUAGAUUUGAUACACCUAAGUUAAACAGAUUAACUUCAAUCCCACCAGCAUUGGGUAUCAUUUGGAUCUUAUCAGUAUGUGGCUCUGCAGAUAUCUUGAAAUCAAGAUCAUUUGCUAUAUUCUGGGCUGAGAUAUUUGUCUUUCUUGGGUGUAUCAUCUUGGUUGUUUGGGAUGUACCAGAAACUGCAUUGUGGUAUGCAUUUUACACAAAUUUCUUUGGUAUUUCAAUCUCCUCUGUGGUUUAUGGUUGGUUGAAUGAUAUCAUGAGGUAUGAUCCUCAAGAACGUUCAAUUGUUCUUUGUGCAGUCAAUAUCUUUGCAAACCAAUCAACUACCUGGGCUCCACCUUUAGUUUAUCAAACAGUCGAUGCACCAAAAUAUCAUAAAGGUUAUAUUUAUUCUAGUGUUCAUAGUGCUUCUCUUUUAGUUUGGACUUGGGUUACAUUGUUCUUCUAUAAAAGACAAGAAAAGAAAGACGCAAAGACAAAUGGUAUUAUCUUAUACAACUCAAAGACUGGUGAAAUUUCAAUUGAGGCAAGAGAGUACCUCAAUAAGAAAGCUGAAAAUGAAGUUGAAACAGUUAAAGAUGGUACAAAAAUUGAAAUUGAGAGUUUAUAG